AUGCCACCUGAGAAGACGCCACCUGAGAAGACGUUACCUAAGAAGAUGUUACCUGAGAAGAUGUCACCUGAGAAGACACCACUUGAGAUGUUACCUGAGAAGACACCAACUGAGAAGACACCAACUGAGAAGACGCCACCUGAGAAGACGCCACCUGAGAAGACGCUACCUGAGAAGACGCCACCUGAGAUGCCCCCUGAGAAGAUGCCACCUGUGAAGAUGCCACCUGAGAAGACACCAUCUAAGAAGGCGUCACCCGAGAAGACACCACCUGAGAAGAUGUCCCCUGAUAAGAUACCACCUGAGAAGAUGCCACCUGAGAAGACGCCACUUGAGAUGCUACCUGAGAAGACACCAACUGAGAAGACACCACCUGAGAAGGCAUCACCUGAGAAGGCGUCACCCAAGAAGACGCCACCUGAGAAGAACUCCCCUGAGAAGAUGUCAUCUGAGAAGACACCACCUGAGAUGUCACCUGAGAAGACACCACCUGAGAAGACACCACCUGAGAAGGCGUCACCUGAGAAGACGCCACCCGAGAAGACGCCACCUGAGGAGACGCCACCUGAGAAGACGUCACCUGAGAAGACGUCAUCUGAGAAGAUGCCACCUGAGAAGGUCUCACUUGAGAAGACACCACCUGAGAAAAAGCCACCUGAGAAGACGCCACCCAAGCAGAUGCUACCUGAGAAGACACCACCUGAGAAGACACUCCCUGGGAAGACACCAUCUAAGACGCUACCUGAGAAGACACCACCUGAGAAGACGCCACCUGAGAAGACACCACCUGAGAAGACGCUACCUGAGAAGACGCCACCUGAGAUGUCACCUGAGAAGAUGCCACCUGAGAAGAUGCCACCUGAGAAGACGCCACCUGAGAAGACGUUACCUAAGAAGAUGUCACCUGAGAAGACACCACCUGAGAUGUCACCUGAGAAGACACUACCUGAGAAGACGCUACCUGAGAAGACACCACCUGAGAAGACGCUACCUGAGAAGACACGACCUGAGAAGACGCCACCCACGAAGACGCCACCUGAGAAGACGUUGCCUAAGAAGAUGUCACCUGAGAAGACACCACCUGAGAAGACACCACCUGAGAAGGCGUCACCCGAGAAGACGCCCCCUGAGAAGAUGUCCCCUGAUAAGAUACCACCUGAGAAGAUGCCACCUCAGAAGACGCCACCUGAGAAGAUGUCACCUGAGAAGAUGCCCCCUGAGAAGACGCCACCUGAGAAGACGUUACCUAAGAAGAUGUUACCUGAGAAGAUGUCACCUGAGAAGACACCACUUGAGAUGUUACCUGAGAAGACACCAACUGAGAAGACACCACCUGAGAAGGCAUCAUCUGAGAAGGCGCCACCCGAGAAGACGCCACCAGAGAAGAUGCCACCUGAGAAGACGUCAUCUGAGAAGAUGCCACCUGAGAAGGUGUCACUUGAGAAGACACCACCUGAGAAGAAGCAACCAGAGAAGAUGCCACCCAAGCAGAUGCUACCUGAGAAGACACCACCUGAGAAGACACCACCUGAGAAGACACUACCUGAGAAGACAUAA